AUGACUGUAGAGCAGGGAAUUGGAAAUAGCAAUAUAGACCAGUUUCCUAUUGGUAUGAGAGUUUUGGCUGUUGAUGAUGACCCAACUUGUCUUUUACUUCUGGAAACUCUGCUCCGUAGAUGCCAGUAUAAUGUUACUACGACAAGUCAGGCAAUCACAGCAUUGCGGAUGUUGAGAGAAAACAAGAACAAGUUUGACCUGGUUAUCAGUGAUGUACAUAUGCCAGACAUGGAUGGUUUUAAAUUGCUUGAGCUCGUGGGGCUUGAGAUGGACCUACCAGUUAUCAUGUUGUCAGCAAAUGGUGAUCCAAAGCUUGUGAUGAAGGGGAUCACUCAUGGAGCUUGUGAUUACUUGCUCAAGCCUGUUCGAAUUGAGGAGCUAAAGAACAUCUGGCAACAUAACGAAGAUGAGGACGAGGAUCGUGAUGAGAAUGAACAUGAAGAUGAGGAUCCAACAACCCAAAAGAAGCCCCGGGUUGUAUGGUCAGUGGAUCUGCAUCGCAAGUUUGUCGCAGCCGUUAAUCAAUUGGGCAUUGACAAGGCUGUUCCAAAGAAGAUUCUUGAUUUGAUGAAUGUUGAAAAGCUUACUAGAGAAAAUGUGGCAAGCCAUCUCCAGAAAUAUAGACUUUACCUUAAAAGGAUCAGCACAGUGGCAAACCAGCAAGCUAAUAUGGUGGCAGCUUUAGGCAGUUCAGAUGCAUCAUAUCUGCAAAUGAAUUCUAUGAAUGGACUGGGAUUGCACAAUUUGGGUGGAUCAGGGCAGUUUCACAACACACCUUUCAGAUCUCUCCCAUCUAGUGGUAUGCUUGGUAGGUUGAAUUCUCCUGCCGUUCUGGGCAUUCGUGGUAUUCCUUCUUCUGGAGUGAUUCAAUUAGGUCAUGUACAGACUGCACCCCACUCGGCUCAUGGUCUAGGUCACUUCCAACCAGUUGGACACCCUGGAAAUAACGGGAAUAUACUUCAAGGGAUGCCAAUGUCAUUAGAACUUGAUCAAAUACAGUCUAACAAGGGUGUCAACUACAUUAGGGAACUUCCAACUCAUCUUGAUGAUACAGCCAGUUUCCCUGUUUCCAGUGGUUCCACAGAUAUGAAAAUAAUUGCUGGAAGCUCAAACAGCCCUUUUGUUGGUGUUUCAAACAAACCCUUGAUGUUGGAAGGACAUGGUCAGGGGCUCCAAGAUGGCCAAAAUUUUGGAAAGCAAUCGUCUCUUUCAGCAGGCUCCUUAGAUCCAGGAUAUUCUUCCCAUUUUCCUGAUCACGGUAGAUGUAAUGACAACUGGUCCAAUGCUGUGCAGUCAAAUGGGGUGCAAUCAAAUUCUUUUACCUUAAAUGACUGUUUUAAGCAACCUACUCUGCAUCCAAGUGCCAUCGGAGACAGCAUGUCAACACCGGCCUUGCAAAGUAGGAAUAAUCCUUGUGAUGUUUCUUCAAUCUCCACUCUGCCAAUCCAUUUACAGGACUCCAAAGCAGAUUUACAAUGCCGAGCGGCUACAAUGAGCAGUAAUGCUGGACCAAUAAUUAAUAAUGGCCCUCUAGGGUGGGAUGACCAUAGACAGAAUGAUCCUUACAAUUCCAAUGGCAUAUCUAACUCAAUAAACUCUGCGAUACCUCUUAAUGGAAAUGGGAGUCUCAUUGGCCGGAAUUUGGAUCCAAAUAACACGAUUUUUCAGAGAACCACAAGCUUCAGUUCAACAGGACAGCCAAAUUUUGUUGAUACCUCAUUGAUGAAGCAUAAUGAGGUUGAAAGUUCAGCCAUGGAGACACUAGGGAGGUCAAAGGAUGGGUAUUUGCUAAACCAACAGAAGCUGCAAGACAGUUAUGUUUCGAAUAAUUUUGGCUCCUUGGAAGACUUGGUGAGCGUAAUGGUGAAACAGGCAAGGAAAUGCCUUGUUCAUGGGCCCAGAAGAAGUAGUGUGUCUUGCAUUAUUGAUGACUUUGACAUUGUCACAAGACCCCACACUGAAGGAAAGAGCCAUAAUUCCAACCAAGAAAAGUGGGUUCUUGAUUGUCUUUUCCCAAACAACAAUUCCACUUAA